AUGAAGUUCAGCAAUGAUCUAGAGAAGAAGACUUUUAGUAAGCUAGCGGAGCAAUUGCCUUCCUUGAUCGAGAAGAAGUGUCAUGGUUACGACGAACUGUACGGUUACAAACUUUUGCCUGGCGAGCACUACAAAGAAACCAUAGCUCACGCUUUGAUUUAUAAGUUUUGCAAAGCGUACAAGUUUCAGUACGAGGAAGCCGCAUCUACUUUAUGCGAUACACUAAACUGGAGACGUGAAUUCGAUCCUUUAAGUGCCGCGUUUAGCGAGCGCCACGAUGAAAUUUUGAACAGCGUAGGAAUUUUGACUUCAUACCCUAAAGACGAGGCCAAUAAAAAAGUGGUCACUUGGAACUUGUAUGGAGCUUUGGUCCAGCACAAGGAGGUUUUUCAAGACGUCAAUAAAUUUUUGCGGUAUAGAAUUGGGCUUAUGGAAAGGUCUAUUGCUUUACUUGACUUUGACGACGAGACUAAUAAUUCUGUGGCUCAGGUUCACGAUUAUGACGGAGUUUCCAUGUGGAAAACGGACAAGCACAUCAAGCAAUGCACCAAACAGGUCAUCGCAGUUUUUCAGAAACAUUACCCAGAGUUGUUAUCGGUGAAACUCUUCAUCAACGUUCCUAGUCUAUUGACUUGGGUUUAUGAUGUUGUCAAGAAGUUUGUGAGUGAGGAGACCAGACAGAAGUUCAUUGUCUUGAAUGAUGGAACUAAAUUGGGUGAGUACAUGCAUUCUGCCCCAUCUAAACUUUACGGGGGAAACUCCAAAGAGACUCUCGAGGCCCAGAACGUCAAGGAAGUGAGGCCUACCGAUUACACCUUAUAUCUCUUUGAGAAAAAGGUCUCUGCUGAUGUAGAGUAG